AUGGGGAAAUUCACCGAUGCACUCUACCAUUUGAAUACAUCAAUUGAUUUGUAUUUGAAGAAGGACGCUGAUAAUUAUACUAUUAAUUUCAAUCGUAAACUGGCUUGCGCUUAUAAUAAUAAAGGUCUUGUUCAUAGAGAUCUUGGCGAAUUCGUUGAAGCUUUGAAAUACAUGAAUAAAAGUCUCGAUUUACGUUGUGAUGAUGCUACUUUACUUGAAAAAGAGCGAAGUCGCUUGGCAAUCGAACGCUCUUAUAGUCAUGAAAAUCUUGGUCUUCUUUACAACGACAUGUGUAAUUAUGAAUUAGCUUUGUAUCAUUUACAAGAAACACUUGAUAUUCGAAACAUUAAUUUACCGCCUAAUCAUCACUUGAUCGCUCAAGUUUACAAUAACUUAAGUAGAAUUUACAAUCUUCUAGGCAAUCCAUUGAAAUCUUUCGAAUGUACCGAACAAGCACUUACUCGUCAAAUUCAGUCUUUGCCAGACAAUCAUCCCCACCGAGGUACGAUGUACAAUACGCUUGGCGAAGCAUACUACUCUCAAGGACAAUAUUCAAUGGCAUUAUUAAAUUUCGAGAAAGCUCUCAACAUAUAUCAAUCAGCACGUACUCGAAGUCCUCUUCUUGAAGCUAUUGCUCUCAGCAAUAUGGGCAUAAUCAUGAAAGUCCAAGGAAACUAUGAUGAAGCUCUAAAAACAUUUAUAAAUGCACUUUCAAUUAUUGAAAGAGAGCGACCUCGUCAUCCUGAUGUAGCUCGCUGUCUUAAUAAUAUAGGAUUUGCUUAUAGGGGUAAAAGUGACAAUGCAACAGCCAUAGUUUAUUUUAAUCGAGCACUCAACUUUUGUAAAUCGUAUCUAACAGAGAAUAACGAAGUAACGGCUAUCAGCUAUCUCAAUGUAGCGUCAGAAUUAAAUGAAGAUCAAUACGAUUUGGCUAUGGAGUAUUUUCAGCGAGUAAUCUCGAUUUAUGAUCAUAUUGGUUUACCACAUCAUCACAACAUUAUCCGUUGUCACAUAUAUUGUGGUCACUUUUAUCGCAAAAUACAUAAUCAUCAGUCUGCAUUAGCAUGCUAUGAAAAAGCAAUUUUUCAUUGUGAAAAAGCCUCAUUUCCAGAACGACAUUCCUUAUGGAUUGAAGUUUAUACAAAUUUUGCUCUUGAAUAUUAUCUGAUGGCUGAGUACGGUCGAGCAUUAGUAGAAUAUGAACAUGCUUUACAACAUAUUACUGAAGAAUCACUGGAAAUACCACGAAUUUAUAAGAGCAUGGAUCUUUGUCGAAGACAAAUAAUCGAAACCGACGUUCGUCAAACAAUGACAUUUAUACUAGAUGAAUUGGCAAUUCUACCGUGA